AUGCAAUUUUCAAUCGUUGCCCUAUUCGUUGGCACUGCCGCUGCCAUUCCCGCUACCCUCUCCGCCAAGCUGGCAGCUCGCGAUGGCAUCUGCAGCGCCCUUCUCUACAGCAUACCUAUGUGCUGCAGCGCCGACGUCCUCAAUUGCAACCCUCCCUCGUCUGCCAACGGCCUUGAAGGCUUCAGAAAGGCCGGUGGCGCCGCCGGUGCCCUGCCACGAUGCUGCACAAUUACAACCGGAUCUUUCUUGUGCAAAGACGUCUGA